AUGCAAAGGAUCAAUGGCACCACUCUGACUCCAGUGUCCUUUAUCCUGAAUGGUGUGCCAGGAUUAGAAGACAUGCAUAUCUGGAUCUCCCUGCCAUUCUGCUCCAUGUACAUUGUAGCCAUGGUAGGGAACUGUGGACUUCUCUAUAUCAUCCGUUAUGAAGAAACCCUGCAUCGACCUAUGUAUUUCUUCCUUGCCAUGCUUUCCUUCACUGAUGUCAUCAUGUGCACAAGCACACUACCUAAUACACUUAGAAUCUUCUGGUUUAACCUCAAGGAUAUUGAUUUCAAUGCAUGUCUUACACAGAUGUUCUUUAUUCACACCUUUACAGGGAUGGAGUCUGGGGUCCUUAUGCUCAUGGCUCUGGACCGCUAUGUGGCCAUCUGCUACCCACUGCGUUAUGCUACUAUCCUCACCAAUUCGAUCAUUGCCAAUGCUGGGCUCAUUACAUUCCUGCGGGGAGUGAUCCUUAUCAUCCCAUUUACUUUCCUCACCAAGAGACUGCCAUACUGCAGAGGCAAUGUCAUCCCCCACACCUACUGUGACCAUAUGUCUGUGGCCAAGAUUUCCUGCGGCAAUGUUAAAAUCAAUGCUGUGUAUGGUCUUAUGGUUGCCCUCUUGAUUGGGGGAUUUGAUAUUUUCUGUAUCACAAUAUCCUACACUAUGAUUCUCCGGGCUGUAGUCAAACUGUCAUCUGCAGAUGCUCGACAAAAAGCCUUUGGGACGUGUACAGCUCACAUAUGUGCCAUUGUAUUCUCUUAUACCCCAGCUUUCUUUUCAUUUUUUGUGCACCGCUUUGGGGGUAACAAGGUCCCUCACUCCCUCCACAUUAUUAUGGCCAAUAUUUACCUCCUUCUUCCCCCAACUAUGAACCCCAUCGUUUAUGGUGUGAAAACCAAACAGAUCCGGGAAUGUGUUAUAAGGCUUUUUUCAGGACCAAAGGAUACCAAGUCCCAUGGCAUCUGA